AUGAAUGUACCGUCUCCAAAAAAAGACCUUAUGAUAGUUAAUAUGGGUCCCCAGCACCCAUCAAUGCAUGGUGUUCUACGACUUAUUGUUACUCUAGACGGUGAAGAUGUUAUUGACUGUGAACCGAUAUUAGGUUAUUUACACAGAGGAAUGGAAAAAAUUGGGGAAAACCGAACAAUUAUACAAUAUUUGCCUUAUGUAACACGUUGGGAUUAUUUAGCUACUAUGUUCACAGAAGCAAUAACAGUAAAUGGACCAGAACAGUUGGGAAAUAUUCAAGUACCGAAAAGAGCCAGCUAUAUCAGAGUUAUUUUGUUGGAGUUGAGUCGUAUAGCUUCUCAUCUGUUAUGGCUUGGCCCUUUUAUGGCGGAUAUUGGUGCACAGACUCCCUUUUUCUAUAUUUUUAGAGAAAGAGAGUUAGUAUAUGAUUUAUUCGAAGCUGCCACUGGUAUGAGAAUGAUGCAUAAUUUUUUUCGUAUCGGAGGAGUAGCAGCUGAUCUACCUCAUGGCUGGAUAGAUAAAUGUUUGGAUUUCUGCGAUUAUUUUUUAACAAGAGUUACUGAAUAUCAAAAACUCAUUACGCGAAAUCCUAUUUUUUUAGAACGAGUUGAAGGGGUAGGGAUUGUUGGCGCGGAGGAAGCAAUAAAUUGGGGUUUAUCAGGACCAAUGCUACGAGCUUCCGGAGUACAAUGGGAUCUUCGUAAAGUUGAUCAUUAUGAGUCUUACGACGAAUUUGAUUGGGAAGUUCCGUGGCAAAAAGAAGGAGAUUCAUUAGCUCGUUAUUUAGUCCGAAUUGGUGAAAUGACGGAAUCCAUAAAAAUUAUUCAACAGGCGUUGGAAAGAAUUCCGGGAGGUCCCUAUGAAAAUUUAGAAACCCGACAUUUUGAUAGAGAAAGGGAUCCUGAAUGGGACGAUGACCGUUAA